GAAAUUUGACGUCACAGGUAAACAGUCGGAUUCCGGUGGUCGAGACGUAACUUAAAUUUGCAUGAAUCAAUUCUUUCCCCUGUUGACUUGGAGAACUCGACGCUGUUUGCCUACACUUUAGAACGUUACACAACCGUAACGGCGAGUUAAGUACCCAAAGCAAUGGCGAAAUUACAACGUCCAAAAGUGGUUAAGCGUUUGAGCUGGCAAGACAUGUCACCCGCUAGCCCAAGAAUUCACUUAACAAGACGAAUUGUACAGCUUCAAGGUAACAAAGCCUCUGCUGACAUCCUCGAACAAGCCAAACAAAUAUGCAAUGAUUACGUUGAGGCUAAACUCGAGCGCGAGGGCAUCAAGAAUCGUAGUUUGUCAUUCGAGUUUUCCAAUUCGCAACAGGAGGCCUCUCAAGUGUCAAGCCGCGUGCAAGAGGUCGGUGAGCUCUUAGAGCUGUGCUAUCCUCGACUAUACAGCGACAUUUCUAGUCGUGUCAACGUUCCUUUCAGCAGCGAAAACGUCGUCCACGAGGUCUUCAAUAACGUGUCGUCGGAAAUCUUGAGCGAUGGAUUGAACUGGGCGAGAAUCGUGGCUUUGUAUGCAUUCGCCGGGGCUCUAGUCGCCGAGUGUUGCAAAGAAGGUCGCAACUCUUUCGUUCUUGAUAUUGGGAACUGGAUGUACGAGUUUGCUGCACUGUACAUGGUCGACUGGAUUAAAAGUAAAGGUGGAUGGGUAAGAUGAAUCUCUUUGUCUUGGAAACUGCAAUAUUAAAAUUUGUUUUGAAACCGGGAAUGCCGCGAGCGUAUAAAGAUUAUAAAGCCCUUAAAGUUUACAAACAGGAAACUGCGGAUACCAACGGAAAUUCAAUUGGCUUUUUAUUGAGAUUAUAAAUCUAAAAUGUAUUGGCUUUAGAUCAUGCAAAAUUUUGCUUAUUAGAAAGAGUCUUUAUUACAUCAAAAUUGCUUUGAUAUGUAAAAGUGUUUCUUUCACGCCUAUUAUUUGCAAAGUAUUGUUUCAUAGAGUGGAGCUCGCCUGCAUCAAAAGGCUCGGUAAUUUAACCCCAUUUGUUUGUCGAUUGGCUCUGUUUGUCCAGUUUUAUCCUGUCGCCAGAAGGAUUUGCUUAUAACUAAAUAAACAUUCCUGUAUAUGCAUAAGAGCCGAACUAUCGCUUUUGUAUAUGUAAAUCCAUUCAAGUUACUCAGUUCAAGCUAGCAGUUGCUUGUUUCUUGUUCAAACUAGUAUUUUAAAGGGGCACUGUCAUAGGCAUGACUUCCCGAAGUCCAAACCAGAAAGAUAUAUUUUGCAGAAUUCCAGUGGUGGAAACCUACCUGUAUUGGUUUUGUUUUGUUAUUAAGCUCGCGUUUACUUAAGCGAUAAAGGAAGUGCUAUAAUGAAUAUGCAUACAAAAGGUUGUGAUUGUAAAAUUGAACUGAAGCCUGGCUAACUAGUGUAUGUCAUAUUCUGUGGUUUUGCCUUGCAAAAAUCGCUGAAAACUAAUUAAAACUUGCUCUCCUUGGCAUCCUUAUCUUGUUA